GAGCGGAGGGGCCCCGGUCGUUUUCCAAUGCUGGUGAGCCGGGAAGUAGGAACCGCGGGCGGCGGGGAGGCGGCUGCAGGGCCGCCGGGUCCGCCGAGCCAGGCGCAGAGCGAGGAGGAGACGCCUCUGCCCGGGCGCGCAGGGUGUCGUCUCACCGGCCUGGUCAACUGGAAGCAGAGACCGUGCAGGACUUCAGCCCUGUUUGCUGCAGCCAACACCGUGUUCUGGUUUGUGGCCUUCAGCCCUUUCCGAGCCUACAGCCUCCUGGCCAUCAUACUGGCUGUGCUGGUCGUCACGGUGACAGUCAGAGAUGUUGCUCGAUUCAGAUACACAGGAGCUCACUUGUGGCGCAGCAUGACUGCAAGCUGGGAGAUCAUUGACUCGGGCCAGGAAAGCCGGUCUGGGACUGGACCCCAGCUCAGCGACUCCCUCAGACUUUUCCUCCAGGAGACAUCGGCUUUCAAACAGCAGAACCCAGGCAAGUUUUGCCUGCUGGUUUGCAGCUUGUGCACCUUCUUUGCUGUCUUAGGACGCUACAUUCCAGGGAUUGUUAUCUCGUAUAUUCUAGUGCUGGGCGUCUUCCUGUGGCCUCUGAUUUCAUCCCAUGACGUUGGUUUGUGGCUGGAGCCAGUUCUGCAGAAGCUGGACUUUGGCAUUGGGGAGUUUCUUCGGAAAAUCAAAGAGAACCAUGAGAAGAGAAUCAUGCAGGCUCAGACCGAGAAGGAGGGCAUCGAGUCGGACCUCUCCUCCAUGUUUCCCAAGCUCGACUCCACAGUGUGUAAGGAAAUGUCUGUAUCGGACACAGAGGUGUCUGAUGUGACGUGGACAGACAACGGUACUUUCAACCUGUCAGAGGGACACACACCUCAGACUGAGAACUCAGAGGACCUCGACAGAGAAGAAGUAUUCACUGGUGGCCUCCCAGAAUUCCCUUCACUUGACAACGGUGGGACGACCAAUGGGGACGAAGACGACGACCUCAGCCUCGGCCUUCCAUUGCCUCCAACUCAGCCCCAGCAGUCAAUGAAAUCCAAGCAUGCUCCUCCUCCUCACGAAGACCAAACCACCGACAGAGCACUUGAAUUGGUGAACCAGAUGGCAGGAGACUUCAUCACUGCCGCGGUCACAGCUGCCAUCCAGGAAAGAAUAGAAGCAGCGGUGGGAUUCACGGCGCCGAGAAACGACCCGGAGCGGUCAAGACUCCGGGAUUCCACCAGGCUGCUGGAGCUGGCCGAGGAGUCGGACAGCGAGGUUGAGGACUUUGAGCUGCUGGACCAGUCGGAGCUGGAGCAACUGGAGGGGGAGCUGGGGCUGGGAGAGGAAAAGGCCCAGACCAAAGAGGAGGAACAGGCCAAGAGCGACAAGUCAGCCUCAACUGGAUUCUUCACCAAACUCCUCAGACGCCACUGAUCACUGAUUGAUGAAAAGUCCGGUCGACAGAAGAGAAGAAGAGGUUACAGAGGACAUGUGGAGGAGAUGGGAGUGUUCUGGCUACAGAGGACUGUUGGGGGAAUUGUGAGAAAAACAACGUUUCCAUUUAUCUUUUUCCUGUAGUGCUAACAUCAUUGUUUCAAAACUGAUCAGUAUGUGAAAUACAGAGGUGAAGGUGAUGUCGCUUUAAUCAGAAUCAUCCCAGCCUAAUGCCGAGAUCAGACUACAGAAUAUCAGCCUGCUGAAGGCCUGAACCGACAGACUACAGAUUAGCCUACUACUCAGGUGGAGAGUCUUAUAUUAAAGCUCAAUAUUUUCCUCUUCUCCUGUGUUUUAUUUCAAGUGUUGAGCCAUAAGACAAUAUAUUUGUAGUUUUAAGAACC